AACUAAUUGACUCUAUUUUCUUAGGUAGGCAAACGAAAAUUUACUUGCAAUAGUUUGGAUUUUGAUUAUUCACGUACACUGACCCAAUCUGAGUCCUGCAUCUGGUCCCUGCAUGGUCUUCUUCAACCUCACGAUUCCAACUCAUUACACCUCGGCGCACGUUAGCCAACACCUCUCUCUCAGUCCCCCCAACACAGUGACACUCCGAAAUCCCUGAUGCGAAUCCCCAAAUCCAAUUCAACCUCUCCCUAAUCCCUCCCUCACUCCUCCAUCAUCAUCAUCAUCUUCGAGCUUGCAAGCAGCAAGCUCCAUCAACAACACUUCCGAUUCUAAAAUUUCCCAAUCCUCACUCACAAUCACAAUGAUGGAGGACCACCCUCUCUCUGCGCCCAAAGACGAAAUGGAAAACCUCGUACUCCACGACGGCGCGGACGACAACGGCAACGGCAACGAUGGCGCCGGUGCAAAAUCACCGUUCUCCUCCAAUUACCGCAGCGCCAUGUCCACGCUCUCCGAAUCUCACCACCACCCUCUCUCUCCACCGAUCCUCGCCACUCCCGCCGACUCCGAUCCCCUCCUCUCCCCAAACCCUGGCUCCCCCGACUCCUCUUCUUACAUCGACCCUCCCUCCUACGCCGACGCCGUUUUCACACCCUUCGAUGACGACACUAACGACGUCGAGUCUUCUCCGUCUUCGCCAAUUUCCCUCUCUCGAUCUCCGUCUUCGAGUUCGGAGUAUCUAAAGAUAACCGUUUCGAACCCUGUCAAGGAGCAAGAAACAUCGAAUUCGAUUGUUCCUGGUAGCAACAGUUACGUGACCUACUUGGUCACCACGAAGACGAACAUUCCGGAAUUCGGCGCCUCCGGCGCCGAUUUCGCGGUCCGGCGGCGGUUCCGUGACGUGGUGACGCUCUCUGAUCGGCUCGCAGAGGCGUACCGCGGGUUUUUCAUCCCGCCGCGGCCGGACAAGAGCGUGGUGGAGAGCCAGGUGAUGCAGAAGCAGGAGUUCGUGGAGCAGAGGAGAAUGGCGCUGGAGAAGUACCUGCGGCGGCUGGCGACGCAUCCGGUGAUCAGGAAGAGCGACGAGUUCAGGGUGUUUUUGCAGGUGCAGGGGAGGCUGCCGCUGCCGGCAACCACCGACGUGGCGUCGAGGGUGCUCGACGGCGCAUCGAAGCUUCCCAAGCAGUUGAUGGGGGAGAGUGUGAUUGCGCCGCACGAGGUUGUGCAGCCUGCGAGAGGAGGGAUGGAUUUGAUGAGGCUGUUCAAGGAGUUGAGGCAGUCUGUGGCCAAUGAUUGGGGAGGUUCCAGGCCUUCUGUUGUGGAGGAGGAUAAGGAGUUUAUGGAGAAGAAGGAAAAGAUUAAUGAGCUUGAGCAGCAGAUCAAUGGUGCAUCUCAACAGGCUGAAUCACUUGUUAAAGCACAGCAAGAUAUGGGAGAAACAAUGGGAGAACUAGGUCUGGCAUUUAUUAAAUUGACAAAAUUUGAGAAUGAAGAGGCUAUCAUGAACUCUCAGAGGGUACGGGCUGCUGACAUGAAAGGUGUAGCAACAGCUGCUGUGAAAGCUAGCAGAUUGUUUCGAGAAUUAAAUGCUCAGACUGUGAAACAUUUGCAGGACACGCUUCAUGAGUAUCUUGGAUUAAUGUUGGCUGUUCAUAGUGCAUUCUCGGAUCGUUCAAGUGCAUUAUUGACGGUGCAGACUCUUCUGUCAGAAUUGUCUUCUUUGGAGUCAAGAGCUGAAAAACUUGAAGUGGCCUCAUCUAAAAUUUUUGGGGCUGACAAAUCAAGGGUUCGUAAGUUGGAGGAGCUACAAGAAACUAUAAGAGCCACUGAAGAUGCAAAGAAUGUUGCAAUUAGAGAAUAUGAGCGGAUCAAGGAAAACAAUAGGAGUGAACUUGAAAGGCUUGAUAAAGAGAGGCAGGCUGACUUCUUAAACAUGUUGAAAGGAUUUGUAGUUAAUCAGGUGGGGUAUGCUGAGAAAAUAGCAAACGUCUGGACAAAAGUUGUUGAAGAUACCCGUGGAUAUGUGGAUGAAAGCACUUGAUCUGUGGCUGUAAAUGUAAAUCUUCAUUUUAUUCAUUGAUGUGCCACUCUCCCCGAAAUACGUCGUAGUCAUGACAAUAAACUAACGGAAGCUCUUUGUGGGUUCUUAGGCUCGUUCUCACACUUGUACCUCUGAGAACAUUUCUUAUACAUCAUUAAAAGCAUACUUGCUGUUGUACAUUACGUGCUAUUUUGUUUGACUCCUGCUGCUUUUCCUUGGUUUUGUUUUUGGUUUGUUGCAUAAAUCUUUUUCCCGUUGUCUAAAGCAGAUCAUAUUUCUAAGUGGUGUUAAAAUAUAUAUACUGCAUAUGAAUUUACGGCGCA